ACACCUCAACUGAAGAAUGUUCUGAAAAACACUAACCUAAAGAAUGCCUCCUACCAGCUGCCUUCAACCCUAUCUACUGUUACGGCAUCCGGAUUGAUUAUUGGGCCGGAUGGCAGAUAUGCAAUUGUGUCCCCACAAAGAAAACGUCCUGAUGAACAUUGGGCUAUGAAUGCCAGGGAGGGACAAAGUGCAGAGGAUGUGUGGGCUGCAGAGAGAGUUUUACCUCAUGGAACUGUACAGAAUCUUACCAAGUGGUCUAUGUACCGCGACGAAAACAUGGUAGACCACCUCUCUCCACCACCUACUGGUGCUGGGUCCAGGCAAGGUGAGGUGCAGUGGGUACCAGAUCGGGAGGGGGAGCCCACAGGCCAGUGGUAUGAUAAGAUGUAUUCUAUAAGAAGUCUGCCUACCAUGAGUUACAGAGAGAAAAGAGAAGCUGAUGGACUUGAGGACAUGACACAGUUGGAGGAAUUAACAGAAGCAGCUGUUUUAAUGAACCUGAACACUCGCUUUAACCAGGAGCUCAUCUACACUUAUAUCGGCUGUAUUCUGCUAUCAGUGAAUCCAUACAAGUUACUGAACAUCUAUGGAACAGACAUGGUCCUGCAGUAUAAUGGUCAUGGCUUAGGGGAAAACCCACCUCACCUCUUUGCAAUUUCGAACCUUGCCUACACAACAAUGAUGGACGUCAAGCAGAACCAGUGCAUUAUCAUCAGUGGAGAGAGUGGAUCCGGAAAAACGGAAGCCACCAAACUGGUCCUCAGAUACCUCACUGCCAUACACCACGAGCGAAACGUUACACAACAGAUUGAGAUCCUGGAAGCAACUCCUCUGCUGGAAUCUUUUGGGAAUGCCAAAACGGUGCGGAAUGACAACUCCAGUCGCUUUGGGAAGUUUGUUGAGAUCUUUCUGGAGGAAGGAGUGAUAAGCGGUGCCAUAACUUCACAGUAUCUACUGGAGAAGUCCAGGAUUGUUUUUCAGGCAAAAAAUGAGAGGAACUACCACAUUUUUUACGAGAUGUUGGCCGGACUUCCUGUUCACCUGAAACGAGCCUUCUACCUGCAGGAGGCUGAAACCUACUACUACCUGAACCAAGGUGGUGACUGUGCGAUCGAGGGAAAGGACGAUGGCGAGGACUUCAGGAGGUUACAGAGUGCCAUGGACAUUCUCCGCUUCAGCCCUGAGGACCAGAGCAGUGUGUUCAGAGUGCUUUCAUCCAUCCUCCACCUGGGCAAUGUCUUCUUCCACAGACUCGAGACCGACGUGCAAGAAACGGCCGGUGUUGUAAGCGCUCAGGAGAUCCGCGUGGUGGCCGAACUGCUUCAUAUUUCUCCAGAAGGACUGCAGAAAGCCAUCACCUACAAAGUGACGGAAGCAAUGAAGGAGAAAAUAUACACUCCUCUGACUGUAGAGAGUGCCGUGGAUGCCAGAGAUGCCGUUGCCAAGAUCCUUUAUUCCCUGCUCUUUCAUUGGUUAACGGAGCGAAUCAACAGUCGUGUGUACCCAAGAAACGAGGCUCUCUCCAUAUCUAUAUUGGAUAUCUACGGAUUCGAGGAGUUAGCAUUUAACAGUUUUGAGCAGCUCUGCAUCAACUAUGCUAAUGAGACGCUUCAGUACUUCUUCACGAAAAUCAUUCUAAAGCAAGAACAGGAGGAGUACGUACGAGAGCAAAUCAGCUGGAAGGAAGUGCCUUUCUCUGACAACAAGGCCUGCAUAGACCUCAUUGCUGCUAAGCCCCAUGGGAUUCUCCGCAUUCUCGAUGACCAGAGCUGCUUUCCUCAGGCUACUGACCACACGUUCCUUCAGAAGUGCCACUAUCAUCAUGGAGAAAAUCCGCUUUACUCCAGGCCAAAAAUGCCACUGCCAGAGUUCACGGUGAAGCACUACGCAGGACGAGUGACUUAUCAGGUCCAGAAAUUCCUGGAUAAGAAUUACGAUCAGGUUCGACAAGAGGUGCUGGAGUUGUUUAUGCAGAGUCACAACCGGAUGGUUUCAAAUCUCUUUCUAAAGUAUAGCGAGAUGUUAAAUCAGCAGAAAAACGGAACGCGGAGAGACAGCACAGUUACUCGACGUUAUCAGCCCUCUACUGUAGCUGCCAAGUUCCAGCACUCUCUACAGGGGCUUCUGGACAAGAUGGAGAGGUGUAACCCGUUAUUCGUGCGCUGCAUAAAGCCAAAUAAUAAUAAGGAACCGGGGAUAUUUGAGCCAGAACUGGUGGCAGCCCAGCUCAGAUACUCGGGAAUUAUGGACACCAUCCUCAUCAGAAAGGAAGGCUAUCCGGUCCGAAUGGCUUUCCAUAAAUUCUUAAACAGGUAUAAAGCACUGCUGGGGCUGAAGAAAACCCCGCCUCCAGACGGAGACAACUGUGUCACCAUGCUAACAAAGCUGUGUCCAAUCAAAAAAGGCGAUUACCAAGUGGGCGUGUCCAAGCUCUUCCUAAAGGAAGACGUGUAUCAGCUGUUAGAAAGUAAGCGGGAUCGCGUGAGGCACCUGGCAGCGCUGACGCUUCAAAGAUACGUACGGAUGUAUUUCGCACGUAAAAACUUCGUAAAGUUCCGCAUGAACAUGACCAAACUGCAGGCCAGGUGCCGAGGCUACCUCCUGAGGCGAUAUCUCCUACAGAAGCGACUGAUCCUGAUCAAGUUCCGUUCACCGGUUCAGCUCAUCGUGAACCGCAAACGCUACAUCAGGGCGCGAGUGAGUCGAGAGGUGAUUAACGUGUCCCAGUUGGUCAUUCCUGCUGAACUGGAAGAGCUGCUGCAGGCCACAGCAGAUGGUAAAGAGGUGCAUUCCGAGUGUUUGGCUCUGGUUGAAGCGCUCAGAGUGCAGGUUUAUCCUCAACUCACACUCCCUCUGGAUAUCAAUAACUAUCUAAUGACCAAAUACAUCCGUUCCAACUUCAGGGAGCUGCAGUUUGGAAUGCUUACCGCACCUCUACAAGCUUCUCUGACUCGUCUGGAAGACGAUCUAAAACAGGAUGCUCUCGACAUCUUUUUACUGAUUUUACGUUUCAUGGGCGACCCGAACUUGAACGGCGCUCAAGAGAACCUGUUCGGGAAUUACAUCAUCCAACGGGGUUUGGCUACUCCACCAGUCAGGGAUGAGAUUUUAGCUCAGGUAGCCAAUCAGGUGUGGAGGAAUGAACACCUGCGCAACGCUGAGAGAGGGUGGCUGCUAAUGGCGGCUUGUCUGAGUUCCUUCGCUCCAAGUGACACAAUGGCCAAGUAUCUGCUGAAGUUCGUAUCUGAUUAUGCACUGAAUGGAUUUAAAGCAUUAUGCCAGCACAAGCUGCUCCAUGCCAUGCAGAAAUGCCAGCUGGGAUCCGAGGCAGCGCGGACUUACCCUCUUUCUCUUCUGGAGUGGACUGCCAACCGCAAAAAAGCCCACAUGGCCCUCCAAGUGCACUGCCUUGAUGGAAUGUCUUUGCUGUGUCCGGUUCACUCCUGGACGAGUGGUGAGGAUCUGGCGCGAGAUGUUCUACUGCACAGGGGCGUGUCCUCGGAGAGCUGCCGCGGUUGGUCGGUGCUGAUGAAAGAGGUGGGGCAGUGGGUGGAGCUUGAAGGCCAUGACUACGUGAUGGAUCUGGUGUGUGACCUCGAGCUGUUGUCAGACUUCCCGAAACAGAAAAGCUACUUCAUCAUCUCGACACAUGAUCCCACCAGAGUGCGGCACAAUGCCAGCAUAAGUCUUUUUGGCAGCGGAUUCGAUGGAGAAGACGAAGCACUGGUGACCAACAGUCUGCCAAUGUCUGAUGAUCACUACAGUCAGGGUUCUUAUGACAGAGCUCAGAGGGGAAUGGAUCGCUACGUGGACAGCCUGUUUGACCCUGUACUGUCAGAUGGACAUGGGGAUAUGGACAUGUCUGCUCUGUCUGGAAGAAUAAAAGGAGGUGGAGGUAUCGGUGCUGGCCACGGUGACGACGUUCCAUCCACAGUCAGGGUUCCUUUCUCAGCAGCUCAGCGACCAGGAGCGGUGAGGGUGCUGCCUGCUGUUCCAGCUGUGCCCAGUGUGCCGGCUCAAGAUCCGCAGACGCUGAUGGCGCAGCAGCAACAAGCUCUCAUCAAUCAGCAAGCUGUCAUUAUGGCACAAUUCUGCUUUCUGUUUAUUACUCAGGCCCAACAGAUGACGAUGCAGGCCAUCGCCAUGACGACGACGAGCCCCAUCUCCAGCCCUCCCACCAGUCCUCCUCCUACCCCCUACACCCCCUACACCCCCCUCCUCUCCGGCUCGUACUCUGCAUUACCCCCGAGCCCGUAUGCCAACUUCCCACCCAGCCCCUAUGCACAGGUUACGCCUUCGUCCUACACCGUUAGCUCGAGCGUGACCUCGAACCCCGGCUUGAACCAUCAGCUAAAGACGACGCAAACAUCCAGAAACAUGCCAGAACAGGGUAAAGACCUGAAAGAAGGUUUAGACAAGAAACAAAAUCCUGCUCCAGCAAAAGUAAUAAUAGACAAAAAGCCGGCCAAAAAACAUGCUCCAGUAGCAGUCUUAGGUCCGAUGCGAACGGCUCCGGCUCCUGAUACCGAAGUGGUGAAAUAUUCCGUCUCUAACACAGAGCAUAUCGUUCCCAGCCACAACAUAAAGGACAUCAUUAAACAAUAUCAAACUCCACCUGAGCCGCCUCAACCGGAGAGCAAGAGAAGAGAAGGCAAAGUUUUUAUGAAAAAAGUUCAUCCACAUGACGAGGCCUUACAGAUUUUGAAGACGCAGAUGGACAUUCCGCCUCCUCCACAGAGAAGAGCUCCAUCUGCUGUAACUGGAUCUAGACAAACUGGUCUCAAACCAACACAGAGCACUAAAAAGCGGGCACCAGAACCACCGUUAAAAAUACCACCAGUGUCCAGAGAUCUGCCCGUCGAAUCGGAAACCAUUCAAACAUCGCUCCACCUCAGCAACGUGGACGAAUACUACACGUACACCAACGUCCCGUGGAAGCUCUACCUCAGGAAGGAGGUGUUUUACCCCAAGGACAGCUGGAAUCAUCCACUUGUGUUGGACAUUAUAUUCAAGCAGAUUGUUAACGACAUGUUUUCAGAGGCCUGUGUGCGCAUCACCAAAGAGGACAGGCUGAAGAUGAAGGCCUUGUUUACGCAACACAAGAUAGCGCAGAACGCAAGCGUUCAGGAUGAAGGCGUAAAGAAGGCCGUUGUCUUGGCGGCCCGCGAGUCCUGGGAGAUUUAUUUCUCGCGGCUUUUCCCCGCAUCGGGCAGCGUAGGUACUGGAGUUCAGGUGUUGGCCGUGUCUCACUCCGGUAUCAAACUACUGAAAACAGUGCAGAGUAGCGCCAAAGUUCCAGAUUACUUCAGAGUUCUGAGAUCGUACAGAUACACCGACAUCCUGUUUGUGACCAUCCCGUCUCCGAACAUGCUGGAGUUCAAUUUGAUGAACGAAAAGCUGAUCCUGUUCUCCGCUAAAGCACCGCAGAUCAAGCACAUGGUCGAUCUCUUCAUCUCUCAGCUGAAGGAGGACUCUGAGUACGCCGUAGCUGAGAGGAACUACAUCACCGAAGAGCUAGCUCUGCUUAGCUUCCAUAAAGGAGACAUCAUCCGCUUGCAAGCUAUGGACAGCCUACAGGAGGGCCAGUUGUAUGGAUGCGUGGUGAAGAAGAAGGUCGUCUACCUGGAGGAGGUAAACAGAGACACAACAGACUUCGGCUGGAGGUUUGAGCCAGUGAUGAGUCGCAGUGGUGCAUUUCCCGCAGACUGCGUCAUUCCGGUAUCAGCUCCGGAUUUUCUAAAUCUGCCCUCAGACAAGCAAGGAGAGAUGAGACCCAGAAAGAGUCAGGUGAUGGCAUUACUGGCUGAUGCUGCGUGUGAACUCGACGCAACACUAGAGGAUCGUUUUGGUGAUUUGAGCGACCAUGAGACAAAUGGCAGCGUCUUCUUGGACAGUCAAUACACCAUGGUGGAAUUUGCCCGGAAAUACUUCAGGCAGUGGGGUGGCAGUAAAAGUGAGAAAUCCAAGAAAGAUCAAGGUGGCAGAGACCCUGCAGAAAUGACCAAAUUCAGCAAGAACCCCAUCCAGGAGUCACUGAUCGAGUUCACCAAGCCAAACAUGAACCGAGUCGCCUCGGAAACGUUCCUGGCCAUAAUGAAGUUCAUGGGUGACCAUCCACUUCGAGGCCAAUCUGAACAUUUUGUCCUCCACACCUUUUUAAAGUUGAUUGGCGAGUACGAGCUGAUGAGAGAUGAAGCGUACUGUCAAGUGCUCAAACAGAUCACCGCCAACACCAGCCCUAAACCAGACAGCUGUCAGAGAGGCUGGCGUCUGCUCUACAUUCUCACAGCGUAUUGCCCGUGUUCUGACGUCCUGCGUCCCUUCCUGCUUAAAUUCUUACAGGAUGCAUGCACAAGCUCGGGAUCUCUGUUUCACGGCAUUGCUAAAGCCUGCGAGCAGAACCUGAUGAAGACGUUGCAGUGUGGUGGGAGGAGUGUGUGUCCCAGCAGCAUGGAGCUCAAAGCCAUAGUGGCUGGUCGAAGCUCAAAAAGGCAGCUUUUCCUAUUUCCUGGAGGAAUUGAGCGGCAUUUAAAGAUCAAAACCUGCACCGUGGCUUUAGAUGUCAUCGAGGAGUUGUGUUACGAGUUGGCUUUGCAAAGACUGGAGGCCAUGAACGAGUACGCCAUUUUCAUAGUUACAAACAGAGGUCAGAACGUGAGGCCGCUGAAUAAACGGGAAUAUAUAUUAGACGUGAGCACCGAGGCGGAGAUGAUCGACAGCAGCUACAGCUUCUGGUUCAGACGCGUGAUCUGGGCUCAGGCGCUCAAGUUCGACAACGAGCUCAGCGUCACUGUUCACUACAACCAAGUUCUCCCUGACUAUGUGAAGGGUUUACUGACCGUGUUCCCGCCAGAUAAAGUCAGCGAGCAGCAGUUUCAUCAGAUCGCUAAACUGGCUGCGCUGCAGCACAAGGCGAAGGACGUCAUCGGUGCUCCCACCAUUCAUGAGCUGGUGGAAUAUAUUCCAGCCCAGGUGUUUAGCAGACAGGGACCUCAGCAGUGGAUGCACCUGCUUACACAACACACACACGCAAUCCGGAGCCUCAGCCCUCAUCAGGCCAGAUCACAGUUCCUGGGAUUGGUGUGUGCGUUCCCCAUGUUCGGAUCGUCCUUCUUCUACAUCCUCAGUAGUAACGACGGCACAAUCUCCACCCCCUGCAUCCUGGCUGUCAAUCAAAAUGGCCUCCACUUUCUGCACAGAGACACUCACGAGGUCCUGGUGAAGUUCCCUUUAAAGCUGGUGCAGUCGGCAUACACACAGCGGCCCAGCGCAGGAAAGAGUUACCCUUACGUGGACAUCUUACUAGGGGACGUGAGCAACCGCAGAACUACCCAGUUACAGCUGGAACAGGGAUUGGAGCUUUGUCGUGUCGUUGCCAUGCAUGUCGAGAAUCUGCUGCUACGUCAAGAAAAAAGACUGACUCUUCCUCCGAGUGAAAUCACGCUCUUAUAACACGCUGAUUUUUUUUUUUUUUGCCCAUCCCAUAAUACAUGCCGGACAAUACUAACGAUUCAAAUGCAAGAGCGAUUGAAACCGAAUGCCGAAUUGCUCCAUUCUGGUUCUGUCAGAAGUCGUAUUACCUCUUUUUAAAAAAAAAAAAAAAAAAAAAAAGUCGUGAUGAAGUUUUGUGUGAAUGGAACACGACUGAUUUGAUGUAUAUAAUGUAGAAUUGUGAUCAUUUUGUAUGAAAUUUGUAUAUACGCCAUUUUGUGACGCCAUGUUUAUGAAGACAACCUGAUUGUGUGACUCUGUAUGGUUUAUUGUGUUUACACACACACACACACACACACACUGUUACUCAGGAGAACACAAAAAUGAAAAUGUAAUUCUUCUUUUCCCUUUUGGACUUUUGUAUGAAAUCUGUGGAAUUUUGUGAUUUAUUUAUACGCAUAAUUAUCUGACAGCUCGGUGUAUUUAUGUGGACUGUAAAAGAAGGACAUUUUACACAUGAGCAGUCAAAAAUAAAUUUUUUUAUAUAAUAAAUAUUUCAGAUUUAUCAGUUUUUGGGUUUGUUAUAUUCCAGAAAGUUCUCUGGACUCACUAUCAGAAUCACAGUGCUGCUGCGAGUCAAAAUGGCGUCCGUUUCAUUCUAAUGAUUUUCAGCGAAGAUUUUCUUUUAAUAACGAUGCAGGAUGUUCGUUCAAGAGCGAAGAAAAACACACGUUUUUGAUAAGAUAAAAUGCGCUUCCAAAGCAUGCAUGCUAACCCAAACAUCUUUUUGUUUAGCAGCCGAAGGCGUUUGCCUGACUUUAGCUUUACGACUUCUUGUAAAGUUUACGGAAAAAUGUAUGAAAAUUCAGAAUGUCCUUUGCAGAAAGGCACUUCCUGUUUCACAAUCCUUCACAUUAGUGAGUGACAAAGCAACUUUUUCCUCAAUCAUAUGCAAAUUAGGUAUCAUGGUAAAGCGGCAAAUCUAAAUUACUGACUCAAAAGAUUAUUUGAACCAAUCAUAUCGCACGUGCGGUGCGACGUUUCUUCAGUUCCCCACUCACAACUUCAGUUGCUAGCUUCUCAUUUACCGUUUGAUGUGCAAAAAUGUAGGAAUUAUCAGGGUUUCAUCUUAUCUUGUCAUUAAAUGUGUAUGUAGACAUUACAGAGAGAAAUAAAGAUCGCUGUUGUCUCUGGUGAGUGGACAUAGCGAGUACAGUUAGCAUGCUUUUUCCUACUGACAUGUAAAAAUUUCACACUGAUUAGCGCGUUAUUUAUUUUUGUUAGCUCUAGGCUAUACAUUUUGGCUGCUAGAGUUUCUCUUGUUAAUUUAGCACCAAGCUAGGGGACGAUCAUGCUGCGAACAUCGGUGUCAAAACGAACGCACCUUUUCAGUCGGCAAGCCGCUCAUGCGCAUGCGCAGUACAGAAAACAGUUUACGGCAAGCGGGUUUACGCUGCACCGUUUUACGGCAACCGUUACGCACUGGACUGAAAAUCCCGUUUCCAGGAAUUAACCUGGAUUUUGUUUUGCAAAGGAAAGAUGGAUUAACGACAGCAACACUGCUUUAUCAGACAGGAGAGACUGUUGCAUUGCUGUUCUGUCGCUGUUUAGUUAGCGGUAGCCGCGUUAGCAAGCUAGUCAGUUUCCCAGUCUCCGGUUUGUGUUGAUGUGGUGGAAGCUUAGUUACCAAUAAAUAUCUCACUAGCAACAAACCUUAACAUUCAUUCUUUGGUAAACAGCAUUGAACCAGGAAUACUUGAGUGUUUAGUGCAGACAUGUGCGUUUAAAGAAGAAAAAAAAAACACCAGGUUCUUUUUUUUUUUUUUUUUCCAGUUUGCUUAGCUAACAGUUAGCAUACGCAGUUAGUGCACAGCGUGCCUUCAGUCACGUCGCUCAUGCUGUGUUCAAGUGCUCUCGGAAUUAUGGUUAACUACGAAUUCCCAACUUAGAAGUUGCACACAAGUUAAUAACACGACUUAAUAUUUUCAAAGCAUUAGCGUGGAGGAAAGUGUCACGUUUAGAGGUCGGUGCUUGGUAGGUAAAUCUUUGG